AUGAAUCCAAACGCAUCAGUUUUCGUUCCAAAGUUCCUUGUGAAACCAGCUGCAACUACACCAGCUCCAGCUCCAGCUGCCACACCAGCUCCAGCUCCAGCUCCAGCUGCUGCCACACCAGCACCAGAGGAGAAACAAUCGACCACCACUACAACUACAACUACCACCACCACUUCAACACCAUCAGCAUCUAAAGUUACAGCUUCACCACCAGUAGAAGAACAGAAACCAACUGAAUCAGUAUUCAAGGUUGAGGAUGACGAUAUCGAAGAGGAGGAAACCGACGAGAUUACAAAGAAGAUCGAAGCACUCCCAAUUCAAGAUGUUUCCGAUUUCAAAGAGGAUCAAAGAGAGCAUGUAAACAUUGUUUUCAUUGGACACGUCGAUGCUGGUAAAUCAACUAUUUCAGGUAGAAUCAUGGUUCUCACUGGACAAAUCGAUUCACAUACUUUGGCCAAAUACGAAAGAGAAGCCAAGGAGAACCAUCGUGAGAGUUGGUUGUACGCUUUCGUUAUGGAUACAAACGAGGAGGAGCGUGCCAAGGGUAAGACUGUAGAGGUCGGUCGUGCACAUUUCGAAACAGAGAAGCGUAGAUACACCAUUCUCGACGCACCAGGUCACAAGAACUACGUACCAAAUAUGAUCAGUGGUGCCGCACAAGCCGACGUCGGUAUCUUGGUGGUCUCAUCAAAGAAGGGUGAGUUUGAGGCCGGUGUCGACGGUGGUCAAACCAUUGAGCACGCACGUCUCGCCAAGAUGAUCGGUAUCAAACAUCUGAUCGUCUUGGUCAACAAGAUGGACGAGCCAACCGUCAACUGGUCGAAGGCUCGUUACGACGAGAUCUGCGAGAAGAUCACUGGUCACCUGAAAAAGUGUGGAUUCAACCCAAAGAAAGACUUCCAAUUCGUCCCAGGUUCCGGUUACACCUCGGCCAACAUCAAGGACACCGUCAGCAAGGAGCUCUGUCCAUGGAACACCGGUGUUUCACUCAUUGAGACACUCGACUUGCUUCCACAGUUUGAGCGUAACGAAUCCGGUGCGUUGCGUGUGCCCAUUAUCGAUUCUUUCAAGGAUCGUGGUAUCGUCCACGUCAUGGGUAAAGUCGAGUCUGGUUCGAUUACACUCGGCCAGCAAAUCUUUAUCAUGCCCGGAAAAACCAAGGUCGAAGUACUGUCGCUCUCCAACGAGAGUUGUAACUUUAGAACCGGUCGUACCGGUGAGAAUCUUCGUAUCGGUCUGAAGGGAAUCGACGACGAGCAAAUCCGUCAGGGUUCGAUUCUCUCUGAGAUUGUCAGACAGGUGCCAGUGGUCACUGAGAUCGAGGCGAUCAUCGUACUGAUCGAUCUUCCCAAGGACAAGCAGUUGUUCACCGCCGACUACGAAGCGAUGUUCCACGCUCACACCGCCGUCGAGGAGUGCAAGAUCAAGUCGUUGAUUGCCACCAUCGACAUGAAGACCGGUAACGAGCUGAAACAGAAGCCAACAUUCGCCAGAAACGGUGAAUCGAUCAAGGCACGUGUUGUCCUUUCGCGUGCAGUCUGUCUCGAGGAGUUCACAUCGAACCCACAACUCUCACGUUUCACUCUCCGUCAAUCAAACAAGACAAUCGCAUUUGGUAAAGUAGUCAACGUCGGAAAGAAAGUUAAGGAACAACUGGCAGCAGCAGCAGCAGCCCUCUCUCCAAAAUAA